AUGUACCACCGAACCCCCCGCCCAGUGCCAGACACCCCUUCCAGCGACCUCCCACUGGAGAACCAACUCGAACAACAGCCGCCGUAUAGUCCCACCGAGGGUUUUGCGACUUCAGGACACCAUCUUCAAGUCCCUGAGCAGGGUGCUGCCCCAUUUCCAUUUCAGCCGCCUCGUCGUGGACCUUCUACUUAUCGUCCUCCGUCGCCUUCAAAACAUCCACAUAGUAAACCCACCUACAAUCCCACAGACUCCGACGACCGUAAUUGGUUGUCGGCUUCUAAUAUCCUAAUGUUUCUCCUUACUGCCAUAAUCCUUGUUCUCUUGUUCUUCCAGACUCCCGGACGUUCGCAGGUCCUGUAUCUCAAUGAUUUCGAUGGCGACCCGUGGGGAGAUUCGUGUCCGGACUACAAAGACUACUCUUCGCGUCGCCAUCUACCACUUAGCGAUGGACCUUUACAACUACCGUUCCAGCGACCUGUUCCAGAAUGCAGGAGUUUCCGAUCAAAUGCUGUAGAAAGGGUUAUCAGGGACAUGACAACACGACUUGUCGAUAGGGAUCUCGCGCGAUUGUUCGAAAACUGUUAUCCUAGCACUUUGGAUACAACCGUUAGAUGGCACGUCACCGGUGAAGAAACGGAGAAUGCCCCCGUUGGUUUUUCUGGUAUACUAGGGGACGAGAAGGUUAAGGGUGCCCAGAGUUUUAUUGUCACAGGCGACAUCAAUGCGGAAUGGCUACGAGAUUCUACGAAUCAGUUGGCUGGGUACAUGCCGUUGUUGCGUAAGGAUGAAAAGCUGAAGAAGUUGGUUUGGGGAGCAAUCAAUACGCAGGCAGGAUAUGUUAUUGAAAGCCCGUAUUGUAAUGCUUUCCAGCCACCGAGAGGUAGUCAUGUCAAGCCAGCCAAUAACGGCCAAGACGACUCCGUCCAUCCCUCCUACGAUUACAGAGCAGUCUUCGAAUGCAAGUACGAAAUCGACAGCUUAGCCAACUUUUUCUCUCUCGCAAAUCAAUAUUAUGCACACACAGGUGACCUUUCAUUUGUUACUGAGAGGUUUUUGUCAGCUGUGGAAAGUGUGUUCAAUGUUCUCGAGGAACAGGCGCUGGGAACUUUCUCCAGUUCUGGGAUCUUACAAUUCCCAGGUUAUACGUUCCAGAGAAACACAAAUAUCGGGACGGAAACGCUCUCGCUUUCGGGUAGAGGUAAUCCCCUGAACGGCAAUAGCUCGCUGAUCCGCUCAGCUUUCCGGCCUUCAGAUGAUGCCUGUAUUUUGCAAUACUUUAUCCCUGGGAACGCCUUCAUGUCCGUUGAACUCGGUCGACUCUCGAAAUUGCUUGCCGAUGCUAAGAGGAAGGAUCAUUCUAAUUUCGCGAGCGAUUGGUCGAAAAGGAUCGCUGAUGGUGUUAAGGCCCACGGUAUUGUCGAUGAUCCAGUAUUCGGCAAGGUUUAUGCCUACGAGGUUGAUGGUUACGGCUCAAGGAUCAUGAUGGAUGAUGCGAACCUGCCAUCUCUUCUUUCACUACCCAAGCUAGGAUGGACGACGGUAAAUGAUCCGGUCUAUCAGAAUACCAGGAAAAUGAUAUUAUCGAGGGAAGGGAACCCAUUCUUUUUGGAAGGACCAGUGUUCAAGGGAAUCGGAGGCCCUCACAUUGGAUUGAAGCACGCAUGGCCAAUGAGCUUGUUGAUGCAAGCCAUGACAAGCGAUGAUGAUAAGGAAAUUAUGGCGGCAAUAGAUGCAGUCAAGACGGUUAGUCGGUUCGGGUUGAUUAAUGAGAGCGUGAAUGUCAAUAGACAGGGUGAUUAUACAAGAAGCUGGUUUGCAUGGGCGAAUUCUGUUUUCGCGCAGGCCAUCUUGGAUUUGGCUAAGAGGAAGCCACAUUUGAUAUUCGGGGCAGGGGCGGAGCCAUAUGAACUUUGA